CACACGUUCCAAAUUGCAGUUGUGUCUUCCAAAAGUUGUUUUCCUAGGCCACUGCGUCUCACAAGGCAGUAAGCACCUUACGGAUGCCAGAAAGAAAGCAGUCUCAGACAUCCCACUGCCAGAUAAUGUCACUAUUCAGAGAUGCCACAUCCUCAACCCGGCUGCACUCCUUCCUCUCCCAAGGGGGGAGUAUACUACAGAAAGAGAUUCUGUGGAUUUUAUUGAUUUACAAGCAAAAGAGGAUCUCCAGGAAGAGGAAUUAUGGACAGCUACUGCCUCACCUAAUGAGGAACCAGAUCAUGAUUGCAUUACAAUGAUGGAAGCUGAAGUGGGAACAGCACCAUCAAUACAAGAUACUCCUUUGGAAAACCCACAUUGGACACUGUUUGUGGACGGGUCAAGGUAUGCCGAUGACAAAGGGAAAUUCCAUUCAGGCAUGGCAGUCACUAGUGAGUACGAAGUGCUGUGUGCAAGGCAAUUGCGCCCAGACCAGUCAGCACAAGAGGCUGAACUCAUAGCCCUUACUGAGGCCUGCCUCAUAGCAAAAGACUCCACUGCUAACAUCUACACAGACUCCAGAUAUGCCUUUGGAGUAGUUCAUGAUUUUGGAGUAAUAUGGAAGGCCAGAGAUUACAUUACAGCCGCAGGAACUCCAAUUAAACAUGCUUUAGCAGUAGAGGCCUUAAUGGCUGCAGUACUACUGCCCACCAAAGUGGCAGUAAUUAAAGUAAAGGCGCAUACCCGUGCUGACACACCAGAGGCCAAAGGAAAUGCUUUGGCUGACCAAGCAGGCAAACAGGCAGCAAUGGAAAAGGAAGGAGCACAGCCAGAUAAAAUCAUGCUGGCACAAGAGGAUCUCAAACAACAAGAAGUAUCAUGGGAUCUACUGAAACAGAUGCAGAAGCAAGCCACUCGCUCAGAAAAGGAAACCUGGCUAAAAGAGUCAGCCCUUGAAGAAGAAUAUGGGCUUUGGACACAAGGGAAGAAAGUGUGCUUGCCUAGAGCGCUCUAUCCUAUAAUUGCCUCUGUGGCCCAUGGACCCACUCAUCAAUCUAAGACAAUAAUGAAGGAGCUCAUCGAUAAAAUAUGGGUAGCCCCAGGAAUCACCCCUGUUUUGGUGAAAUAUGUCUAGUCAUGUCUAAUCUGUGCCCAAUGCAAUCCCGGUAGGACUGAGCCUACGCCCAAAAGAUGUCUCCCAAAAGCCUUAUACCCCUUCCAGAGGAUCCAGAUUGAUCAUAUCCAGAUGCCAAUGUGCCAAGGGUUUCAAUACGUGUUAGUAGUGGUAGACAUGUUCUCUGGGUGGCCAGAAGCCUACCCCGUCCGAAAUCAGA